CGUAAAACUGCGAAUCUCUGUGCGUGAAUCGAAUCUCUCUCUCUCUCUCUAAAUCGACUCUUCUUCCGAAGUCCAAACCCAUCAGAGUUUCUGAGAGUGAGAGAGCUUAAUUCAACCCCUAAACAGAUUCAAAACACUCUCUCCCUCUCUCUGGAAAUCAAAAUGAGGGAUGAUGAUGUCUUACCAAUAUCGACACAGACCACAACAUCAUCAUCUUCUUCGUCAACAAUUUCAAAGAAAGAGACCUCAGAUUCGAACCUAUUAUUUGGCCGAGGCCGAUACAAGUUCUGGGCAUUGGCCGCCAUUUUGCUCCUCGCCUUCUGGUCCAUGCUCACCGGCACCGUCACCCUCCGCUGGUCCGGCAACCUCAACAAUUUCUCCGACCACUUUGACACCCCCUUCCACGACGAUCUCGACGUCCUCGAAAUGGAGGAGAGAGAGAAGUUGGUGAAGCACAUGUGGGAUGUGUAUACGAACAGUCGACGGAUCAGAUUGCCGCGAUUCUGGCGAGAGGCUUUUGAGGCUGCCUACGAGGACUUGACCAGCGACGAUUCUGGCGUUCGAGAGGCUGCAAUCUCUGAGAUCGCUAAGAUGUCUAUUCGAUCGAUUGAUAUCGAACCGCCUCCUCUUCAAUCAACGCAUGGCCAGGGAGGAUUUGAUGCUUUGUUUAUUUGGGGUACAUUGGGCCAUGCCUUUUUCCUGUAGAGGGUUGAUCGAGGUUUGGAGAGGCGUCUCUGUUGGGGCUGGCAUUAGGGAUGCUUGGAGGGCUACGCCGCUCUGUAUCUGGUGGUGUAUUUGGCUUGAGAGAAAUAGGAGAUAUUUUGACGGGAAAAAGAAGCCUGUUUCUAUGCUUAAGUUCUCUGUUAUUUCUACUUUUUUUUGUUGGGUUUCAGGGAGAGAUUAUAGAUCUAUGGAGGAAAUUAUUGUUUUUUUGGCCUCUCUGAAGGUCUAAGGUGCCCUUUGGCCCUUGUGUUCCUUUUGUCUCUAUGGGCUUCGCUCCCCUUUUUGAGCGUUUUUAAUAAAAUCGUACUUAUCAAAAAAAAAAAGUAAUUGGAAUUGACUUUAAAAGAUUGAAUAUAUUUGGAGAAAUGACUUCUAAUAGAAAAGAAUGAACAAAUAUACAUUACAUAUGUGGUUGGCCCCAUUCAUAUGGGAGAAACACUAAUUACGAUUAGUAUUAAUAAACAAUUAUAAGUCCCAAAGAGACUGUGUGAAAAUAGAUCUA